GCCUCCUUUAGGAGUAGCGGCGCAGAGCGUUCGUGCGUCUCCUCUGGGUUCAGGCUCGCUCUGCUUCCGGGUGAUGGGGGAGUCGGUAAGGCCGGCUGUAGCCGGGCCCCUGCAGGAUGAGAGAUUAUCACCAGAUACUGCUGAAAAUGGGUUGAAACCAAGUGAAGAACCACUUCUCAGAAAAAGUUCUCGUCGAUUUGUCAUAUUUCCAAUUCAGUAUCCUGACAUUUGGAAGAUGUAUAAACAGGCUCAGGCAUCUUUCUGGACUGCUGAAGAGGUUGAUUUAUCAAAAGAUCUUCCUCAUUGGAACAAACUGAAAUCAGAUGAGAAAUAUUUCAUCUCUCACAUCUUGGCUUUUUUUGCAGCCAGUGAUGGAAUAGUCAAUGAAAAUUUGGUGGAACGCUUUAGUCAGGAGGUUCAGAUCCCAGAGGCUCGUUGUUUCUAUGGCUUUCAAAUUCUAAUUGAAAACAUUCAUUCAGAGAUGUACAGUUUGCUAAUAGAUACCUACAUCAAGGACCCCCAAAAAAGGGAAUUUUUAUUCAAUGCAAUUGAAACGAUGCCAUGUGUUAAGAGGAAAGCAGAUUGGGCCUUGCGAUGGAUAGCAGAUAGAAAAUCCACAUUUGGAGAAAGAGUGGUCGCUUUCGCUGCUGUAGAAGGGAUUUUCUUCUCGGGUUCGUUUGCUGCUAUAUUUUGGCUUAAGAAGAGAGGUCUUAUGCCUGGACUCACUUUUUCCAAUGAACUCAUCAGCAGAGAUGAGGGUCUUCAUUGUGACUUUGCUUGUUUGAUGUUUCAUUACUUAGUGAAUAAGCCUUCAGAAGAAAGAGUCAAGGAGAUCAUCAUCCAUGCUGUUGAAAUAGAACAGGAAUUUUUAACUGAUGCCUUACCAGUUGGCCUUAUUGGCAUUAAUUGCACUUUGAUGAAACAGUACAUUGAGUUUGUAGCAGACAGAUUACUUGUGGAGCUUGGAUUCUCGAAGAUUUUUCAUUCAGAUAAUCCCUUUGAUUUCAUGGAAAAUAUUUCUCUGGAAGGGAAAACAAAUUUUUUUGAAAAAAGGGUCUCAGAAUAUCAGCGUUUUGCAGUUAUGGCAGAAACAACAGACAAUGUCUUCACCUUGGAUGCAGAUUUUUAACCCAGUUUUCUAGAUGUUCCUUCUGUUGGUGGUAAUGGCAAAGCGAAGUUAACCAUGAUCCAUCUAGCAUCAAGACAGGGGAUAUAUCAUCUUUUAUUUCUUCUCAUGAGUACUUUUUAAGUAUCUGAAAAAACAAGUUGAAUUUUGUCUGUGUUUGCACCUUUCAGAAUUUGUUUUCAGACAAAAUUCUUGAUCUCUUGGUUUCUUAGGGGUCAUCUGUAAAACUGAUUUGUACUAGAUUAGGGAAAUUAUUUAGCUGUUAUUAGAAAGUAGAAUUCAUUCUUAGUUUUAUUAAAAUGUUGAAAGUGUUAAUUUUAUUAAAUAAAGAAAAACUUUCAGCAUCAGGUAUGUUUUUUUCUGUUUAAUUUAUAGAGAUGGUUCUUUGUAUUUGUGGGACAGUUUGUAUCAUUUUAUGUCAAAUCUUUUGAGAUCUGACUUUGUUUUGUCUUGUUCCAUAGUUAAACUUAAGCAACAUAUAUUUCUAGAAUAAUAUUUUUAGUUUCUUCAGCAAAAAUUUCAAGGGCACAUAUCUCCAAGAUGAGAUUUAAUUUUAACCAGAAAUAGUUUGCAUGACUUUAAAAUGAAGGAAGGAAAAGUUCUAAGUAUUGAAUUCGGAUUCUUCUAUUAUGUUGGUGAAUGCCUUAUGUCAACCUUAUUUAUUUAUAGCAGCAAUAAACUACCAACGAGAGGGCAGGGAAAUCUCAUGCCGAUUUUUAAUAUAUUGGCUUUACAAUAAGAAGCAUUCUGUACUCCCUUUUCAGUACUCUACUUUGCAUAUAUAUAUUUUAUUAUAUUCAUGUCAUUUUAUUCUCAGUUCUUAAGGAACUUCAAUUCUACAACUUUCUGGAGUUAAAAAAAAGUUUAUUUGUAGUUUACAAUUUGUUAUAGCUUAAUUAUUUUAAAUUAUGGUUAUCGUUAAAACACAUCUUAUUAUUUGAUCCUAUAAAAUCUAGAAUUAUGGAAAUGGGAGUUCUGCUUCAGGGAAAGAUUUUGUUAUGUUUAUAAAAUAAAAAGAAUUUAAAAUAACUUCCUACAAUGUAGGAACCAGUUCAGUCAUGACCUAAUAUUAUGAGGUUUUUGCUGUUCUCAUUUAAUGAUGUCUAAUUCUUAAUGUUUUGCACCCCUUUCACUUUUAUUAGAGAAAUAUGAUUGCUAAGAAAAUGGCAGUUCACAUACUGAAAAAAAUUAAUAAUAAUCAGAAUUUAGAAUUUUGUAGUAUGACGUUACUGUCAUAGCAUUUUGAAAUUUCUAAUUUUAGGCUAAAUGCCAAUCACUAAUUUUUUUAAUGCUGUUAAUGGGAUGUACAACUUGCUACUACAUGGUCAUCAGUUUUCAUGCAAGCCAAAUUAUCAGUAUAGCUGCUAUGCCAUAAGUGUUUUAAUUAAGGACAGUAAAUUGGUGCCAGACUCAGGGACUCACACCAAAGCUGGCUGCCUUUCUUAUAGGGACAUUCAGGACCAACUGAUUGAUUCCCAAACAGGAACAGUAAUAUCUUGUUCUUCUAACCCUUUUAAAAAAUAAGUAUAUAUAGAUUGCCUAUAGAUUUAAAGAAAGAAGGCAGGAUUACUGAAGUCGUUACUAUACUUGCUUUAGGAAAAGAGAGUUUCAACUUUAGUUCUAUUGAUUUAAUCUUCUUUAAAGAAAAAUGUAUAUUUAAAUGCUGUGAAAUAUGUUGGUAGAUUUUCUUAAAUAAAACUAUAGCAAUUUUAGAAUUUUUAUUUAAAUUGAUGAUGCUAAUUUAUGCUUUUGACUUUACUGUUUCAUAUAAAACUCUGUUUUUAAUAAUAUCUGAGUUCAAUCAUUUUACAGUAUUUAGAAGGUACUUCUUGUGUACAGAAAAUACUCUAUUGUGUACCUAAAACCCAUGUUUUAUUUUGUCUUUAUAUAAAACAUUUUGUAUUUGAUCAGUCCAACUAUUUAUGUCCAUAAUUAAAGUUUUCCAAAGAAUAUGUUAUGCUUUUUGGUCUGAUUAUUGUAUAAUUUAACAUGAUUGAAAUAAACUGUAUCCUAGCAACCUCA